AUGUCUUUCAGGAUCUCGUUCUCCGACCUCCUUUAUUUCACUCGCAAUGCGAGAAAAGCGCCUCUCAUCCCAGAGGGUUUCGUCCUCGAAACACCUCCAGAGCGCAAAGCUGUGGAAAUCCAGCUCAAGCCAGAACCUCCAAUAUUCCGCUCAAUACUUCCCACUAUUUCCCAAUCACAAGUAGCUUCGCCCGCAUCUUCCAUCCUGGAGAUACCCCUGGGGCCUGUCAUUUUGACAGGAGAUAAUAGCACGGAAACCCUUGUCAACGUUAUUUCAAAGCCCGGAUUUCCACCUCCAAUUUUGCAGCUCUACCCAUCUGCUAAUAAGCCUGUGCAGACGCGACGCAUAUCAUUCGCGGAUUGUAUCAUGCCCUCGCGUCCUGUGGAACCCGUCAAUGUCGUCGACGUGGGUCAGGUCCCGUCCAAGCCCUCCGCAGCCGCAGCGGAAACACCUGAGCAAGCAAAACCUUUCAGAGAGGACGUUCCUAAUAUGGAAAAGACAUCAAAGAGGAAGAGCAUCGUGCGGAGUAUGUCCUUGCUUGCCUCUCGCACAUCUGGCGCAAAGGCGCACCGCUUCUCAGUCUCUGCCUUUUCAUCGCUGACGGGUGUCAUGAAUAAGCGGGCAAGCAAGCGGCCUUAG